UUAAAUUAGCGUAUAGUCUUGCUGAUCUCCUAUAUGCCUCCCACCGAUGUCCCACCGUGUGGAGUUCUUUUACUCUUUGGUCGCUUUACCUUCUUGAUCCUAGUGCAAUAGUGCUUUUUUUUAAUACUGGUAUCAUUAUUUUUGAGAGUUGCCAUCUCAAAAAUAACAUUUCAAAAUGCAAGAAAUGUUAUCAUCCUAUUCCUUUUAACACAUGUCGAAAAGUAUAUUUAUUACUCUUUUUACAAGCCAAAGCUCAAGUGGAGCGAUCUAUGGGCUUCUUGCAGUUUACCAACACGACAAUGGCCGAAUUGUCCGUAUAGGAUAUUUUUUAUUGGCCCAUACAUCCCAACCUGCCAUGUCUUUGGUUUUAAAAAUGGCGUAUACAAGCUUUUUGUUUGCCGGUUUACGCUGUUAAAUAGUUUCCAAGACCUCGCGCGUGCUCGAUUGAGUCUUAAAACGUCGUGAAUAUGAAAUUUAACUACAUGUGUAGAUAUGACAGCAUUGCAAACCAGUAGAUAAUGGAGAGUUCAGAAGAUGAUCCGGGCACCGCGACGAUCGCUUCCCGCCGAGCAUCGGCGCGGGAAAAGGACAUCGGACAGGCCGAGGACGGCAACGCAACUGGUAGUACGCUACAAGAACCGACCGAGGCUCGAUCGCCUUGUCGAACACCCGCGAUGUCUGAAGAGAAUUUUGAUGGCGAUAGCGUACCGUCGCCAUCUACGCAAGAUGUCAACACCAGCACGGAGGCGAUCUUGGACAUGAUCGAUGAGUUUGUUGAUGGACCAGGAGCGCCGAAAAGAGUGUUGUUUACUUCAAAUGAUGAUCAUUUUGGAAGUCAAUCUGAGAAAGUGGAUGAACGAAUAAUUGCUCAUGGGUCGUCUAUAAACGUUUCUCAAGAAGAUAAACCGCCACCUACGAUUGCGUCCGAUGCCAUAAGUGCCAAAAGUGAAAUUAAGCCCCAUGCGAGCGAAAACGCCAUAACUCCAGAGGUGUCAUCACAAAAUAAUAUUUUGGCAGUUGAAAAUACUGAUAAUGUGGAACAAUCUCAAAAGUGUUUAUCUGAGUCCAUAUCAUCUGUUAUAGAACCUCAAGCUAUUAGUGAAUGUCCACCUCCCUGUAAUAUUCCUUCCAGCAGUAUAAUAGAAACUGUGCAAAUUACUUCUGCUGUCAGUGAGUGUGAAAAACAAGAACGGACAGUGAAGUGUGUGACAUCUAGUGACACUCGUAAUGAUGUAACUAUAGAAAGUGCAGAAUCUACAUCAAGUGAUAUUAAUUUAAAUGAAGAGAAAGUGGUAAUAGAACAGUCUACACGGUCACCUCUCAAGAGGCGUCUUGUACGUCCUGGCCCAAGUGACCGUAGACCUGAUUCUACUGUGUCAUCAACUGUUGACAUCCACACAGAGCAGACAAGUAGUGACAGCAUCACUAAAGAUGUUUCCAGUUCAUCAGAUGCUGUGCCCUCUGUACAUGGUAAUGUAAAACCUGAAGAGAUUAGAAACAUAAGUGAAAUUAGUAUCUGCAAAGCGGAAACUUCUAUGAGUCCUCCAAAAAAAAUUAAACUUAUUAGACAAAAAAAUUCUAGCCCUUUGAGAAAUCAAGAAAAUUCUCAAACUAAACCAGAUAUUGUGUUACAACAACAGCAAUGCCAGUCAACAUCUACAGAUAGCUCUUUACAAAAUAUAAAUGAAUCUGCUUCUUAUUUGAGCUCAAUUAGUUCAAGUCAGCAGGCUAUAGAAAAGAAUCUUGUUUCAAACAAUUCAAUUGGCAAAGAAACCCCUUGCGUAAACACAGAAGCAGUUCCCCCUGCUUCUAAUGGUAGUGAUGUGGAAAAAAUCAGUGAAAGUUCUAUAGAAAAUAUUACUCAAAAAGAGAGUGAAAUAAAAAUUGAUGAAAAAGUAUCCCCAUCAAACUUAGUCAAUGUGUUUGCUUCAAAAUCAUCUGAGAAAACUAUUGAUGUUGAGGAACAGCAAUCAUCUAGCAGCACCCAAAUCGUCAAUGUUGAAAAUAUUUCUGAAUCUCCAAAAUCAAUACCAAAACUUACAAUAAAAAUUGGAAAUAAAUCAAGUGAAGAACAAAAAUCUCCAGUACCUAAAUUAACUAUAAAACCCAUUAAACCACCAUUAGAAAUUGAUAAAACAGAAAAUGACCAAAUUCCUAAUGUGACAAAACUUAAUAUUAAACCUGUUUUAAAACCUGAAAAUAUCAAUGAUGAAUCAUCAGAUCAUACAAGUGAAAACAAAGCUGUUAGCAGUAGUGAUCAAAUACCAAGUGUCACUAAAAUAAAUAUCAAACCUCUUAUAAAACCACCUGAAAAAAUAAAUGAUUUGCAUCGUAAAUCUAGCAGCAGUGAAAUUUCUGAGUCAGAAUAUUCUGAAAAUGAUGAAAGCACAAGUACCUCUGAUCAAGGAUCAUCUGAUGUAGUACCAAAAGUUACCAUAAAGCUAGGGAAACCAGGCACACAGUCUGAGGGGCAGUUUUACACAGAACAACAAAAUAUACCUAAACUCACUAUCAAGGGCUUACAGCAAUCUGAAAAAGAAGAGUCAGAAUCUAAACUAAAGUUAAUCAUUAGUCAACCUGAGGAAAAACAUUCUGAAAAGAUACCAAAAUUGACUAUCAAAACUGUGACCAAAUGUGAAAAUCAGCCCUUAAGCCCAAAACUUACAAUAAAGACUGUAAAACUUCCUGAAAAUGCUGGUAAAGAAAGUAGUACAGAAAAUCCUGAAACACCACAAAUCCCGAAGCUAAAAAUUACUACAGAGUGUUUUACAACCAGUGCGGAAUUCAAAGAUACUCAUGUGCCUAAAAUUACAAUUAAACCUGUAACAAAAUCUGAUGGUGAUAUCAAAUCUAGUAAGAAAACAGGUGUUGUCUGUGAUAGCCCUGAACAUAUCCCAUCAGUAACAAAAUUAAAUAUAAAACCUAUUGUGAGACCUCCAGAAAGUGGGGAAACACCAGAGGUUUUGGAAGAAAAAGUUCCUGUAGUUUCAAAAUUAAAUAUAAAGCCAAUAAUAAAGCCUAAAGAUAAAGAAUUAGAUAGCAUAGAAGAUGUACCUAAAAUUACAAAAUUGAAUAUUAAACCUUUAAGGAAUCCUGAAGAAGAUUCUUCAGAAGAAAAAGACUGUGAUGAAUUGAAUGCUGACAUUGAGAAAAAUAGUAUACCUGUUGUUUCUAAACUUAAUAUUAAGCCUAUAGUUAAGCCUCUUGAAGAAGAUGCCCUAAAAGAUUCUGAAAAUCAAUCAUCAGAAACUGGCAACUCUAGUGAUGAUAAUGGUGACCACAUACCGAUAGUAACUAAGUUAAAUAUCAAGCCAAUUCUAAAACCAAAUGAAGUACCAGAAAGUUCUAAACAUAAAAAUAUAAAUGAAGAAGGUACUCCAACUGUGACAAAAUUAACUAUCAAGCCUAUAAUUAAACCAGAUGAAAGCAAAUCACCUGCUUCACCUAAAAAGGAUAAUAUAAAAAGUGGUGAUUUGAGGAAUGCUUCAAUUCCUGUUGUAACAAAGUUAAAUAUUAAACCAGUCAUUAAUCCUAAUGAAACAGAAUUAAGUAAAAGCAAUGAAUGCGAAGACAAGUCUGUGAAGAAUCCACCAUUAGUUAUGAAAAUCAAUAUGAAAGCAGUUGCUGAAACUUCUCAUGAAAAUAUUCACACUGAUAAGAAACUAAAUCACAUUGAUGAUUAUCAUGAACACCUACACAAUAAUAUCAGUGAAGAUUCUCACAAAACGAAAAUUAUUGUGAAACCAAUAAUUACACCAUCAAGCCCAAUCAUGGACAAGGUUAUUGAGAAAGCAGUUUUGGAAAAGUCUAAUUUAACUAAGGAGGAAAAUACAGCAGCACUUUCAUGUACAAAAGAAGAGAAUUAUGAAAUCAACUUGUUGCACAAAGAAGAAGUUAAACAUAAUUGUGUUGCUGAAGAGUCAAAAAAAAGUAAUAUUGAUAAUAUUUGUAAUUCAACUGAACAACCUUCAGUAGACAAUAACAAAGACAUUGUCACUGCUUCUAUAAGCAGCUCAUUAUUAAAAUCUGAAGUAAUAAAUAGUGAAACUAGCACCAAUAGCAACAAAUCAAAAAAUAUUCAGGAAAGUCAGCUCAGUAAUGAAAAUAUUGUGAGUGUUAGUUUAGCUCCAGUAAUUACUAAUGAAGCAACUUCUCCUCAAUCAUUAGAAAUAAAUAAAAUUAGCAAACCAUCUUCUUCAGUUAAAAACUGCACUUUACUAAAAAAGCUUUUAGAGAGUGAUAGCUUAAAUGAUUUAUCUGAGUCACAAAAAAUGUCAGGGGCUUGCACUCCUAUUUCAGCAAUUAGUAAAGAAUCAAUAGAGUGCGAACAAUUUGAUUCUGGUCAUAGUAGUAUGGAAAAAGUUAAUGAUUUUGAAUCCAGAGGAAAGGCUAGAAGUAGAAGUUCCAGUCCAGACAAGUUAAAAGAUGUUCAACCUGUGUCAAUAAAAGUUCGUCCUAUCCAAGAGCUUUAUAAGGAUGCAAAUGAAAGUGCAACAAAACCCCUAGAAAUUAAUGUAUCUGAAAAGAUAACAAACCAGAGCUCAGGUCAAGAUUCUCCCAGAAUAAUAUUAAAAAUUAAUAAGACUGAUCAUGGCCCAUCAGCCAAAAUAAUAACUGAGGAUAUUAUAAAAAAUGACAGCUUACAGCAAAGUCCAGUAUCUGAAAUAGUUGCACAAAAUAUCAAUGAUAAGCCUAGCCUUAAAAAGACUGUAAUUAAUAGCAAAAGAAAACUAGGUUCUGAUUCUAAUACAAAUGUGAUGUUGGGUAAAAGGUUGAGAAGUUCCAGAAUCGUUGAUUCACAAAAGUCGCCUAUUGUAAAACGAAUUGUUGGACAAAAGCCUUCAAACACAGAUUCACCUGUUGUUCAAAACAAGGAGUCUGAACUCUCUGUUUUGGAAACAAAGAGACUGAAAUUAGGUAAACUUUUAUCUAACAAAUCUCUUACAAUAACACCAGUUAGAACAAAAACGUCACCAGACAACAAUCCACUAGAAAAUAAACAAGGGGUAAAAAUUCUUAACCACACUCUUGUAAAUAAUGAAAACUGUUCUAAAAACGGAAACUCAAAACUACACAGUAUUUUAUCAAACUUACAGAGUAAACAAAUACAAGUAUUACCUUUAAACGACCUCAAUUGUUCUGAUAAGAGUAAAACAGUUGUCCCAGAAGUGGAAAGUAAUGCAUCAACUGGUAGUUCAGACGUGGCUGAAAAUCGUCAUCUAGAUGUGCAAGAGAUGAUAAUCAACGAGAAUGCUGACUUUCGCGAUUUCAUGGGCCCAGAUGAGAUGUCGCAAGAUCCGUUAGAAGUGGAAACUCCUAAGACAGACCCUGAAAGUAUUGAGGAAAGUCCAAAAAUUCCUCUACCAAAGUAUAUCGAGUCAACACCUCAGCCUAAGAAACGCGGACGGCCGCGUAAAUUGCCUCUGUCCGAGGAAGCGAAACCCAAUCCUCUCUCGCUUCCUACUCCUGCGCUAGAGGAACGCCCUCAACGAUCUCUGCGGUUAUCAAGAGAGCGGCCGGCUAUUCUGGCUAAGCCAAGAGGUCGCGGUCGCGGACGUGGAAGGGGUCGCGGAGGUCGCGGCAUGGUCAGACUAAGCGUCGAUAUUAGCGACCAGAUGUUGACCCCGAGAGAACCCUGCGACGACGAAGCUGUGACCCACGAAGACGACGUGCCUUCAAGAACACCUGAUCCUCUCGAUACAACUAAAGAAGAACCCCUGGACCCGACCAGUUCGCGCGUGAAGCUGCCGCGUAUGACGGAAGCUCUCGACCGGCUACCCGGCGGCUCCACGCCGCUAUCUAGUCGAGGCGACAACGAUUUUAAGGUAAAAACAAAAAACUACUUAAAAUUAAUUAUUAAAUUAAAUAUGUUAAAAAAUUCAUCUCUGACGACUGAUUCGCGUCAUUAGUCUAUCCGGAUUUAAAUAGAAAUGGCUACAAAUACUAUUUCAUUGUGGAAUUAAUUACUAUGCAUAACAUUUCAAUUCAUUUUUCAAACUUAGUCUCUUAUACAGAACUAAGAUUGUGGUUUAAUCUAAAAUUUUGAAAAGAUGUUAGAUUUACAAAUGAAAUAAAAACAUAUACUGAUUACUAAUUUGUAAUAUU